GGUUCGUUGGUUGGCUCGCUCUCGCCCGCUCGGCACCGCUGGCCGAGCAAGUCGAUCCUAAGGUCGCAGUGUCGCGCACCGCGAACAGGGAGUGUCUGCCGCGAGGGUCUACGAGCUGGCUGGAUCCGCGGAAAUUCCUAAGCUCGCGGCGGUCGUGAUGGUGUUCCACGCCGGCCGAAGGUCCUCCUUCGCCGCGGACCAGGCGAAUCCGCGCCCAACCGGCCCGGUUCUUCCCUGAUCCGUGCGCCCCGAGUGCCGCCGACAGAGCCGGAAGGAAGAAAGGACUGCUUGAACAGGAGCACCGAGUGCGGCUUUUUGGUUCGCGGCGGGCGGUGGUUCUCUCGUUGAUCGAUUGCCAUCGAGAGCAGCCUCCUCUCGGUUGCUCUCGCGCCGAGCACUCCGAUAAGAACAAACGAACGCGAGUGGCCCCGGAGCGGUUAGUUCGCGGGCUCUUCUCGUCGCCCUCGGUCGUCGUUCGCGAGUGAUCCGAAGAGGCCCGCCGCGCCGAGGGUCCCAGCGAGGGCCUCGAGCGAGCUUGGCUCCUGGGCGCCGGCGAGAUGACGAGACGCAUCGGGAGCCGGUAGUUCGUGGUUGGCAGGGAUGUCCUCGUGACAUGUUACCCCGUGACCUUUGCUGGCGCGACUACAACGUCCUCCGCGGAGAGGGUCGUCUCCUGUCCGUGCACGGGUCGACCGAGGAUAACUGCCGAUCGGUGUCCCUUCAUCCACGUGGGGUCGAGUACCGGUUGCUGCCACUGGUGCAGCUGAAGCCCGACUUCGGGAUCCCGUAUGUUCUCUGCUGGCGCGUGCCGAACGCGGUUCACAGGGUCCAGGUACCCCUUCAGCACCACCAGCACCGGCAGCACCAUCACUACCAGCACCAUCGACAACGACGCCGACGACACUUCCAGCAAUCGGGGACCCAGCGACGGCACCCUGCCUCGUUCGCCGCAUCCGCCAGGUUUCCUUCGCCGUACGGCUGUAGUCUGCAGCGCGGGGACCUCGCCGCGGUGCCUGGUAUGGAAACAAGACUGGACCGUAUCGUAACGAGCAAAAAUGAAGACACGAGGUACAAAGCGAAUCAUUGCGUGAGCGGGGGCGGUAGCCGCGGAAACGGCGCGACUGGCGGUACCGGAGGCGGUCUAGGUAGCGGAGGCGGCGGCCGCGGGGGCGGCGGGGGUGGAAGCCCCGGCAGGGGCGGCGGCGGAGGCGGAGGAGGAGGAGGCGGCGGCGUUGGAGGCGGAGGAGGAGGAGGAGGCGGGGGAGGAGGAAUAGACGGUGGCGCGGUGCCCGCUGCACCACCGACCACCGGCCGUCAUCACCACCACCACCACCACCACCAUCAUCACCAUCAUCACCACCUCGUCACCACGACCACCACGACCAACACCACCACCACCACCACCACCAACGGCGGCACCAGGCACCACAAGUACAAGCUGCCCGCUGGCAAGCUGUGCAACGAACACCGUCACCACUCGCAUCAUCACCGGCAUCACCCACACCAUCGCUCCCACCAUCGGGGCAUGAACAUGGGCCAAAAAAUUUCAGGCGGCGUGAAGAGCGUGACGCGCGAGAGCGGAACUGGAACGGGCGCCGCAAUCGGCGUCGGAGGCGGCGGCGGCGGCGGAGGCACCGUGGCGUACAAACCCGUGGUACCCAGGGAGCUGGCGCAAGAUUUCUCGAGGCCCGCCCGCCUCGACAUCCUCCUCGACAUGCCGCCCGCCUUGCGGGAGACGCAGAUACACCACAGCUGGAACGCCGAGGACCGUAGUUUGAACAUAUUCGUCAAGGACGACGACAAGUUGACGUUUCACCGACAUCCCGUGGCGCAGAGCACGGACUGCAUCAGGGGGAAGGUAGGCUACACGAAGGGAAUGCACGUGUGGGAGCUGUACUGGAGCACGAGGCAACGAGGCACGCACGCCGUUGUCGGUGUCGCGACGGCGGACGCGCCUCUCCACAGUGUAGGUUACCAAAGUCUGGUGGGUAACAACAAUCUCAGCUGGGGUUGGGAUCUCGGCAGGAAUAGGCUGCUGCACGACUCAAAGAACAACAAUGGCGUCACGUAUCCGGCCCUUCUCAAGCCCGACGAGACGUUCAUCGUUCCUGACAAAUUCCUCGUGGUCCUAGACAUGGACGAAGGUACGUUAGCGUUCGUAGUGGACGGCCAGUACCUUGGGAUCGCGUUCAGGGGCCUUAAGGGCAGGAAGCUGCACCCUAUCGUCUCGGCCGUGUGGGGACACUGUGAGAUCACGAUGAAGUACAUUGGCGGACUAGAUCCGGAACCUCUGCCUCUGAUGGAUCUCUGUCGAAGAGUGAUCCGCCAACGGAUCGGCAAGCACAGACUAGAAGAGAAAAUUCAGAUGCUGAACCUGCCACAGGCGAUGGAGACUUAUCUCCUAUAUCGUGACAGGAGAUAACAACCGAGUGGCGCCAGUGAGAAUGCCACCACGAUUACGACUGUGGCGUACCAUGCCACCACCGCGCUAUUCUAUUGCCACCUGGACGCACGGGGGAACAUCGUGGUGAGACGAGUACGAUCGCGGUCGUCAUCGUCUUCCUCAUCAUGCUCAUUGUCAUCUUCCUUGUCAUCUUCCUCGUCAUCCUCGGCGUCCUGAGCCCUCCGCGUCCUCUCUCCCCAUCGUCCUCGUCAUGAUUCCCGUUGGCUCCGUCUGCCGCGCGCUAUGUCCUCGCUCCGUCAGCCUCGACGUCGCCUGUACACGAAAAGAAAAAAAAGAAGAAGAAGAAAACGGUCGUGCUCGACUCUGAAUCGCGCGUCGUCUUCGUCGUCUCCCGUCGUUUCAGGAAAGCGACGAGCAAGCUCCUCGAGAACGAGCCGCGCGAAGCUGUACACUCGGCGGGCUAGCAACUAUUAUUUAGGUGAUAUUGUUGUUUUGUGUUAUGUCGACACGAUUUAAUUCGUGCUGAAGUCUUUAUUGAUUGUUAUAACAACCGGCGAGCGACGCGGCGCGUAUAAUCUUCUUCUGUUUGAUUUUUCUUUUCUUCUUUGAGUUGUUCGGGUAGCUUUCGCUCGGGGCGCCGCUGUCUCUUAUUUUUUUUUACUCGUUUCCCGACGCCCCCGCGCACCGUUAGAACGUCCCACGUGGAAGUGACGACGCCGUGAGAGCAAGAAAGAAGAAACCGGAAGAAAAUUGUCUGGGACCGUGAAAACCUAUACCAGCGCUUCACACUACUGUUGGCCAGUAAAAGAAAACGUUAGGCUUAGUCGAGUCUGGAGGCUGAUACGGGUGAACUUUCGAUUAAUUAAUUAGUCAACGAACAAAGGGGGACUGCGGUCUCGUUCUAGUCCGGCCACGACGCAACCGGGAAGAGGGUCGAGGACCUAUCGCAGCGGGGGAGGAUGUCUUCAAGGUGUCGGACCACGAAGCCAGGAAAACGGUUCUGUUGUCGAUCGAGCCAUCGAGAAUCGAGGGAACUGUGUAUAGUGAGAAAAGAAGCCAGCCACUCGAGCAGCCACCUUCCAAUAGACUCAUUUUUCAAGUAUUUUCUAAGCAUGCUAGGUCUAAUAAAGUAUAGUGGUGUGCGUGAACGGUGGAAGGACACAAGGAGAGAAAAGUCAACGACGCAAGAGAGAGAGAGAGAGAGAGAGAGAGAGAGAGAGAGGGAAAGAAAGAAAGAGAGAGAGAGCAUGAGUGAGAGAAAGAAAGAAAGAAAGAAAGAAAGGAAGUAAGAUAGAGAGAAAGAGAGAGAGAGAGAGGAUGUUGAUGAUUCGUUGAGUAACGCGCCUCCGAUUUGCUGUGUUCUUUUCCUUUUUUUAAAAAGAGUUAGCCAAGCCCUAGAGACACGCGCGGCGUUCGACGACAGGAUAAUCUGUCGUGACCUUGAGCGAAACGGUGCACGCGCAAGCAGUCCAAGUCGAAGGUCGAGUAAAGAGAAACAUGAAACGAGAGAGAUAGAGAAGGAGAAACGAAAUUACCUCAUACGAUCGAAGUAAUCACAAUUAGGCAGGCUAAAGUCUAGGCUAAAGUUUAGAACGAGACAGGCGCUGACGUCAUGUUUCGGUCACGAUCCCGCGGCGAUGAUGACGAGAAUGGAUCACGAUGGCCGACGUAGACGACGAAGACGAUGAUAGUAAACAAAAAAUGAUUAUAUCCGGGCGUGUUGCUACAUAUACUAUUAGCAUGACAAAUUAUGACUGGUCCCUAGUAACUCUUUACUCUUACGUUUGUCGCUUAGGUUUAAUGAUGAUGCCGCGUUGCCGGCGAUGUCGAUUUGUACAUAGGGUAUAAUUAUAAUAAUGAUAAUAAUAAUAAUAUCUAUCGGUACGACGAUAUGAAUGUAUAUGCGGGUGGUGAUUGUAUCCAAGACCGUAAGAACGCGAACCAAGUGCGGGAAAGUUAAACGAACAGAGAAAGAGAGAGAGAGAGAAAGUUCUAAGGCGCGAAGAACAGAGAGGAUGAUAGAAAUGGAAAAAGAGAAAACGAAAAAAAUUCAUUGAGUCGGUGUAUUGCUUUCGUUCGUCACCGUAGUUGUUGUUUCGUUGUUCAGGUCAGGAGUCGUUCCUUGCUGACGCCACGCAUAAUUGUUGUUCGUUCUCCUCGACCCGCGUGUAUUCAGAGACACAGAAAAACCAAGCCGCGUCUUCCAAAAUUGUAUUGUCUUGACUCGUUUCGACCCGCGAGCAACGAAAGCCGUUCUGAAUAGCACACGCACGAUCUCUCGCAAUCGGCUGCCGCUACACCACGAUAUCUUGCGGUCCUCAAUACGCACACCCGGCACAACGCUGUCCGUAAGCAGUGUUCGCCUUCACACCUUUUACUCGAGACUCUCUCCAGCUCGGAAGAGGAAAACAAAUAUGUAAACGAAGAAGAGCGAGAUACGAGCGAACGAACGCCGAGGACGAGGUCCACCGAGCGCCGCGACGUGCUUCACCGUACGUCGAUCCUCGAAGUCCAUGUCGUGAGUUUUCUAACAGUAAGGAAAACCGGGUGGAAACAACGUCCCUGACCGGCAACAACGUUCCCGACCGGAAGCAAUGAGAGUGCGCGGAAAUUAGUAAAUAAAUUGUGCGAGACACACGAGGCGGACCUAGUGAGAGUGUGGCAACGCCCGCGGACCCUAGACAGAGUGAGAGAGAGAGAGAGAGAGAGAGAGAGAGAGAGAGAGAGAGAGCGAAACACAGCGACAGAAAGAGAGAAUACGAGGGAGACCAUUUUAUAGCAGACGCAUUCGUGAGUUCUUUACCUUCGUUUCCCCCCUUUUUUUUUUUAAAGAAUUUCCUUUUUUUACAAUUGUUUUUAUUCACGGUGCGCAUGGCACGAGCUAUAUGAAACACAGGACAAACGAAGUAAUAGCGUUUAGAAUGUUGUACAUAUUAUUAUUAAUUAAUGAUUAAUAUUAUUAUUAUUAUUGUAUCGACCCGAUAGUUUAAUUGAUUAAUCGAUUAUAUCGUGUUAGUCGGCAUAAUUGUGGAUUCGGUUUUUGUACGGUAAUAGGACGAUCUACGAGAGAUAUACAUAAUAGAAAGGAUGGAGACGCGAUCGAUCGAUUGAUCGGGUCGGCCCGAUGGAUCAACGUUGACGAUCGUUUCUCGGGUCGCGCCGAAGCUUCCUGUUGUUUAAUAACCGCGUGGCGAUGGAUUUUACCGAAUAGAGAAAAAGUAUAGCGACAAAGAAACGUGCUUUUAUAUCGGUGCGCGAUCUUCAAAACGAUUUUUAUUCUCGGGACGCUGUUUUUUUUAUUUCUAUGUUGUUUUCGUUACGCACGUUUCUUUCGUUUAGUUUGAUGUUAUCGUUCGUUCCUCGCUCGAAGUGACGCGAUUUGCUUCGAGUCCGUGAGAACUUCUGCUUUUCGUUUUUUUUUUAAUAAUUCAUUGAUCAACGAGUUUUCGUCGAAGGAAACGGAUUGUUCAUUGAAGUGAUUUCGAGGAUCGUGUCGAUCCGGUAUGACGCUCGAAUUUCUUUGCGAUUUCGACUAGACUAAUGUGUUUUAAUUAUCGGAAAUCUCGCGAGAGACCCGGUUGUGGUGGGAACUCGGUCGAUCGAUCGAUCGUUCGCGCGAUCAAUGAAAAGACGGCGUUCGAUUCGUUCGCAUCCCCCGUCGCGAUGGGCGUUCGACGAGAACAAAUAUAAGAAAGCGAUAACGGAAAAGAAAAAAAGAUUAUACUGAAGCAGAGAGGAGAACUCAGAACGCGGGUACACCGAGGUAUUUUUUCCCCGUGAAUUGCCUGCCGCCUGACUGUGCAAACUACGCUGCCUCGACAAAUGUGUCUAAUUUAUUGACGAUGCGAUAAUGAGCAAGACCUUUAAGCCGCGUGCGUGCAAGUGAUAAUUGAAAGAACGAUGCUGUGUAUAUGUGUGAGCUUGCGUGUAUGCUUCGAAGAGGGUGACUGCGAAAGAGCCGAGCAAACAAAGGGUGAAUGCCAGAAAAACGAAGAGAAAAGGAGAGAGUGAGUAGGGAGGGGGAUAGAGGAGAGAAGAGUGUGUAUGCGUCUGUGCGAAGUAUGGGAGAGAGUGAGAAAGGCGAAAGAACAAAGAACGCGAGCGCAUCUGGCACCGGAUGGUCUUCGACAAGAGUUUCGUUCCUUUUCUUCGCAACCCGCGAGAGAAACCAGUCGUUCUUUGCCCGAAAUUCGUAUUUAGUGAAUUGUUUAGCGAGAUUAUCGAGAAGAAUGGGUAGACGGGAGAGCGUUUAACACUCCGAUCCUCGCGUUCUCGAACACAACCGUUUCUACAGAGAGAACGUUCACGUUCCUAGUUCGAAUCGUUCGCUGCACGUUCCCCGAUCCGUCUUGUAAAUAUCGAAAACUUUCGAUCGCUCUGCCGUAAACGCCGAGAGAACACUCGUCGCGAUUCUUAGGAUGUAGACAGAUACACAGCUGCGAGCAAAAUCAUCGGCGUAGCUAUAAUUAACUAGCUUACAAUUUUGUAGUCGCGAAUGCAAGUGAUAAACUGAUGGUUGAUUUCUUUAAAGCCAUCUACACGCAACGUAUUAAGUAAAUUCAUUCGUACGUUCGAAGUAGACUGCGGGAUAAAGAUUUGUCGAAGGCGAUCUUGGGAAACUGCAACUGUAUGAAAGUAUAUCUUUGCGUCUAAUCAACUCGAGAAGUCACGCGAAAAGUGAUUUCCACCAUAAAAUGAUUUGUUUCGAUUUCUAUCGUGUGCUUGCUGAAAGGUCGUCGGACCACCGGCGGUGCGGUAGUUUUAAUUUCAAGUAUCUGUAAUAUGUUUGCAAUCGUUGUUAGAAGUGCGUAUAAAGUCAGCGGUCGCGUGUCUAAUUGAAAGCUAGCUGCGCCGAUGCUUCGGUUCGCUAUUACAAAUAUGGCGCCUGGGGGGGUUGAAGUGUUGAACGCCUCGAAGACACGGGCCUCGAGAGACCACUUCCGAUGCUUCGCGCGCCCGCGUUUCCGGCGACGUUCUUUUCUCUUGUGUUUUUUUUUCCUUAAGCCUGGACUAUUUGCAACGAGCGAUCUCACGUCUAUUUAAGCAUAAGUUUACCGAGUUUAGCAUGGUAUUGCUGUAUAGCGGCGAGUGAACGCGAAGAAUUUAUAAAUAUGUAAUGCCUUAAUGUUAUAAUGAUAAUAAUAUGGAUAGCGUUACUUGUAUAAUUAGUUGUGACGCGAGGGAGAAAGAUCACGAGUGAAUGGGAGAGAGAGAAUGGGCAAGAGUGAAUGGGAGGGAGAGAAAGAGAGAGAGUUGGUGAACACACAAGAAGAACAGGAUGAGGAUUUCCAGCGAAGAGAUUUCGUUUCGCGAGGAUGACGAGUAAACGGGAGGUAAACAGUGAACGCACGGAGAGGACGAGCAUGGGGAAAGUGAGUGAAAGGGACGAGAGAGCGAGGAGAGAAUUAAACAUGUAACAGACGACGCAGAACAUACACAAUGGCAAGAAAGAGAGAGAGAGAGAGAGGGAGCGAGAGAGAGAGAGAGAGAAAGGGAAAGAAAGAAAGAAGUAGGGAGUGCAGUACGCGCGGCCGUUUGUCUCCAUUCUGUUCGUGAUUUGAUAUUUUUUUAUAAUUCCGAAGACGAGAGAGAACGAUUGGAGAGCAAGAGAGGGAGAGAGUAUAAAUGGAGCGUGUAUAGAGCGGACUGCUAUCUAAAAUAGUUCAGGCUAGAUGUCGAUGUUUGUAGCGGAUAAAGAACAAAAAAAACACAACACAGCAUAUUGUAAUUAAAAUUAAAAGUCAUUAAUAUCGA